GGAUGAUUAAAAAAAAAAGAAAAAGAAUAGUACUUGGUAACCUUUGAAAUUGCAAAUUAAAAUUAUCUCCGUAACCCUGGUUUUUUAUCAGAAGGUCGAAGGUUGAAGCUCCUCCGUGGGUUAUGUCAGUCAUGAUGGGUUCGGGAAAGAGGGAAGCCGUUGUGUCACAGCCACAGCCACAACCACAGCCACCGCCACCGCCACCGCCAUUGCCACCGCAUCGUGAUGCUGGUGCAGAGGAUGAGGAUGCAGCAAAAUCAUCGAACAAGCUGUACGUAUGUUUUUAUUACAAUGUUGGCCCAUUAAUUUAUUCCAUGUAUGAGAUUGCCGUACCAAACCCUCUCCCAUGUUUUUCUUCUCCAACAAAAUUAGAAAGGAAUCCGAAGCCAAUUCCACUUCCAAAAUCAAAAUCAAACCCAAUCUUCCAGCUUAAAAGGGGUGAAUACCCUCGUAGAAUGUGUUGCGUUGAAUUGAAUUCCAAAUUAUACUUCAUUGGUGGCGAAUUUCAUGAUGGUGUUUUGGAUCUCCCAUAUGUUGAUGAAGAUGUUAAGAUAAAGUACAAAUCUGUAACACCAACACGGGAUAGAUAUCCAUCAGAUGUCUAUCGUUUUGACCCAACCACAACCACAACCACCAUCACCACCGCCGUUGAAAAGAUGCAUACUGGAAAGAAUUUGCCCUUGGCCUUUGUGGUCGAUGAGAAGAUUUACGUGCUUGGAAGCACUUACUUUUUCGCACCCUUCGAGUACAGAGACGCAAUUAAAAAAGACAUCGAAAAGCUUUCUUUGUUUGAGUGCUAUGAUCCUCAACUUGAUAAGUGGACUCUCUUGCCAAAUCCCCCUCUUCCCUGUCACCAAGAGACUAAGUGGGAGGCGCAUGCUGUUUUGGGAGAAGGAAAAGGCAAAAAAGUUUUAUUUGUAGAUCUUCAUGACCAACUCUACUGUUUUGAUCUCCAUAAACGUGAAUGGAUUCAAUACCUAAGCCCCCCUCCCUACCCUCAUGAAUUCUGCGGCCGGAGUGAGUUUGUGGACGGUACCCUUUAUGGAUUGAAUCAGGACUUCAUGGUAGCUGCCAUCAAAUUCCCAUUAGCUGAGCCUGAAGAAGUUCAAAAGUCAAAGUACCCUCUUUAUUUACCCUCUAAGGAAGUCGGUAUGGAUUUGAUUUAUUUUCCUCGACAGGUUGCUGCCACGGCAAGAUUGCUUCACUUGGGGAACGGAGUCUUUCUUUAUGCAUUGUCUGGCAUGCAUCCGCAUCCCGAAUUUAAUGAUUUCAAUCGUGAUUUUCAAGAUGAGAAUAAACGUGUUAUCAGCAUCCUCAUUUUUCAGGCCCUCCCACUCCUGGACACGCACAUACAAGAAGGAUUCUUCCCGGCAAAACUCCUGUAUUCUGUCCAUUAUAACAUCAAUACCACCUUUCCAAAUCAAGGGGGCAUCCUUGGCUGCUUCCCUCUUGGCCCGGCGUUUGUCUUUGGAGAUGGGAGUCAUCCCACUCAUGCUGAGCACAGGAAAGCACCUGUUUCUGACUUUCCAUCCGAUCCACUCUUUGUUCCCCAGUCUGUACCCGAUGUACUGCAGCCUUGGACCAAGGAUGCGAUGACUUUGGCCUUGCAUUCUAAGGAGGCGAUGACUACCCAAUCUUUGCCUCCCAUUUCUGUGGAGGCCGAGGGGCACAAAGAUGUGGAGAAUAUAGUAGUUGCUACCACUAGUGUUGAGGCAGCACGAGUGGAUACUGGUGUUGAUGACUACUGUGUAGAUACUGAAGAUGAUUUCAUUAGGACCACAGGGUCCAGGUUGGUAUGUAAGAGAAAGCGCAUUGAUCACCCUCAUGGACCUGGAUGACAUCCAUUGGGGAGCAACGUAGGGAUUGUUAGACUCACUAGGCCAUGUGAUGUGUCUAAAAUCAUCAAGCCAAGCUUUAAUUGAGGAGAGACAAAGCAGGGGAGCAUUGCCUGCAAGCUUUCGAAGAGAGCAUGACCAGACCAGACUUGGUUUUGCCAACGACCAAUAAACAUGGACCAAGGAGGCGAUGACUUUGGGCUUGCAAUCUAUUGAGGUUGCCUGUGUGGCCACUACCCAAUCUUUGCCUCCAAUUUCUGUGGAGGCUGAGGGGCACAAGGAUGUGGGGAGUAUAGUAGUUGCUACUGCUAGUGUUGAGGCAGCAUUAGUGGAUGAUGUUGUUGAUGACUACUGUAUAGAUACUGAAAGAUGAUUUCAUUAGGACCAAAGGGUCCAGAUUUCAAUGUAAGAGAAAGUGCAUUGAUCAGCAUCAUGGACGUAGAUGGCAUCCAUUGGGGAGUGAAGUAAAGACUGUUAGACUCACUAGGCCAUGUGAUGCGUCUGAAAUCAUCAAGCUCGCUCAGACUCACAUAGCCUCUCUUAAAAACGCUUUGGAUGUUGCAAGCCAAGCUUUAUUGAGGACAGACAAAGCAGGGAGCGUUGCCUGCAAGCUCUUUGAAGAGAGCAUAACCAGACCAGACCUGGUUUACCAACGACCCAUAAACUUGGGAUUUCUUUUUGUUUUGUCGAAUUGAUGGUAUAUGAUGUAGGGAAGCUUCCAUGAUUAUAUCUCAAAACUCUUACGAUUCACACUCACCUGUUUUGUAUUCCAAUGCUUGACCUAUUGUUAUCUAUAAACUUUGUUAUUUGCUUGAAUGGACUAAAACCUUUGACAUUUGCUUU